AUGUCUUCGACCGGCUCUGACCUCGAGACGUCUGACCAGUCGAUAGGCAAUAGAAGCGAUACCUCCGGUGCGUCUUUCCGGCCAGACUGCGACGACGAAGAAUCAGAUGACGGUCAACUUCGCGGCUCGACAGCCCAGACUUCGCCAGAACUUCCCCCGGCUCCCGAUCGCCCUGAGAAGUCUUCACGUAUUCCCAAACCCUCGGUAAGGGACCGUGUCUGCCCUGAUACGUUACCGGAUUUCAGCGACGACCCCGACGAUAACACAGAUGAGGAUAUUGCAAAUGUUCCUCUGGACUACGGGCGUUCCGACCGAACCAUGGUCCGUCGAGCCCGGAUCGAGCAACGCUGGCACAAGUACUGUGGAGUAAAGGCUGGAGGCUCUGAUGCACUUCCAAAAUGGAGCGAUGCGGAGGAGGCUCUUCGUCAAGUCACCUCCAACGAUGUCCAUCGAUUCCUCAACUACUGCAUGAAACUCAAGUACGGUGUGGGCGGCAGACACCUAAAAGGCACAAAUAAAGCGAGCGCCCUCAAAGCAGAUUGGAAGGGGUUUCAAGGUUACUAUUGGCGAAUCACCCGUACCAAGCUCAGCCCUGAGGGUAGAGAAGAGAUCAAUGCCGGGAUUCGGAAACUGAUCGACAAGUUCGAGCUAGAUGACCAAGAGCGAGGCAAAGAACCAGUCUACGUCCAAGACUUGACCGAAUUGAACGAGACCAUUCUCCGAACACAGGAAAGGCGGUUCAAUUUCGGAUACGAGCGUAUCCAGAUGUGUCUUUUCAGCAUGCUUGGCAUAUUCACGGUGAACCGAUUGAGUGCUCUGCUGUCCUUGCAAUUAAAGCAUCUCCAGUUCUCUAUACAAAAGGAUCCUCAGGGUGGCCCUCCCGUGCUUCUGGCUGAGGUCAGGUCGGAGCAUACGAAGCGGUUCUUCGGGUCUGAAGCUAUUAACACUUUUGCGUUCCCCGAAAUAAUUGACGAUCCGUCGCUGAUCUUCAGCCCCCACGUUUUCAUCUUUGGUAUACUUUUCUGGCUGCAGGCUUUUGAAUCCCCGGCCCUCUCCUCUAUGGGAAAACUCCGAAGUCUAUUUGUUGAAGGCGGUCGCCAGCAGAUGCCACUCCCCUUGAAACCUGAGGUAGAGGAAUAUUAUAUCUUUUGCAAAACUGAAGUGGUCAACGGGCAGCCAGUUCUUCUGUGGGAUCAACCUAUGCUCAGUGGUACCAUGUCUGCUCGACUGAGGAAUCUCGGGGAGAUUCAUGGCUGGCUUCAGUCGAUGUUUGCGCACCGCAUGCGCUAUGGAGGUGGAAAGAUGUUGAAUAGCAGUGAUGCGGUCAGCGAAGCUCAGCAGAAUCUGAUCAUGAAGCACGCAGAUUCUCGCACAUUCCUUAACCAUUACCUUCCGCGACAUGUUGACACGGACAUGCAAAAUGUGAUGAACGGCCGCCAACCCAACAAAUCCCUCAUGCGUGCAAUCACCCGCAUGAGCAGGUGGAUUGAUACCAGACGGCCUCGGCACCUGACUCCUGCGCAACGAGCGUCGAUCCGUGAACAUCCAGAGUAUGUCGAAGCGUUUGACCGCAAACAGGCGAACAUAGACAUUGAGCGACAGCUCUCUGGAGCGGCUAUCGACAACGAGGAAGCGAAAAAUGUAUUACGAACAGACAGUAUGCUGCCAGAGCAAAUUGAUCUUCUAGAAAAGUUGCUGACCUGGCCAACUUGCCAUUCGUUGGAGGCAGAGUGGCAGAGACGAAAUGCUGCUGUUGCUGCUAUCUCACAAUAUUGUUGUCACCUUGAAGGCGGGCCACUCCGUGGACGACGUAAACGGCCGACCCCAAGUGAUGAACCCGACGAAGAGCACACAGUAACUGGAGAGCGAACAACAAAAAUAGCCUCGAUUUCUCCUGAAAUUUCAAAGGAGCAGUUACUUCUGGAGAAAGCGGGAAACUAUAUCCGGAAGGCCAAAAAACCUCGACGAUGCUUUCAAUGUUACGGCAAUAACCUGCUGUCCGUUCAUCAUCGAACACACAAGUACAGCGAAUACAAAUCAACUUUGCGACACUUUCGAGAAAAGCACUUACAGGAUCGGAGAUGUCAUAUGUGUAGUGAGGAUCUCCUACAUGAAAUGCAUCUUCGUAGACACGCAGAAGAUGUUCAUCGCCUUGCUACCGAACGCAAUUACUACGCAAAAGAUGAGUCAGGAUCGGACAUUGAUACGGACUGA